ACGCGCCGCGAGCUGGCCCCAGUCAGAAACUAGGGCCCCAGGCAGCGCGGAGCACGACACCAGGCCGGGAUGCUGCGCAGGGGAGCACCAGCCGGGGACCUCCCCGGGGCCGGAGAAGUCCACACCGGGACAACCAUCAUGGCAGUGGAGUUUGAUGGGGGCGUCGUUGUAGGUUCUGAUUCCCGGGUGUCUGCAGGAGAGGCAGUGGUGAACCGAGUGUUUGACAAGCUGGCCCCCCUACACCAACGCAUCUACUGUGCGCUCUCCGGGUCAGCUGCUGAUGCCCAGGCUGUGGCAGACAUGGCCGCCUACCAGCUGGAGCUCCAUGGGAUGGAACUAGAAGAACCUCCUCUUGUUCUGGCUGCUGCACACGUGGUGAGGAAUAUCAGCUAUAAAUACCGGGAGGACCUGUCUGCACAUCUCAUGGUAGCUGGCUGGGACCAACGUGAAGGGGGCCAAGUAUAUGGAACUCUGGGGGGAAUGCUGACUCGACAGCCUUUUGCCAUUGGUGGCUCCGGCAGCACUUACAUCUACGGUUAUGUGGACGCAGCAUACAAACCAGGGAUGUCCCCUGAGGAGUGCAGGCGCUUCACCACAGACGGGUUUGAAAGAACUUGUUGGUGUAGCAAUCUGGACCUGAAGUUUCUUUUGUGGGAAGAUAUUCAACAAUCAAUUCUUCUGCCAAUGGUUAUUAAAAUAGAGGAUUCACUGUAAUUGAAAAAUGACGUGUUGAUCUUCGUCUGGUGCUUUCAACCAGCAGCUAUUUUCAGAAAGAAAGAGCAAAACCCCUUUCCAUCAUCUACCAUUUCCUAAAGGAAAGUCACUCUUUGGCCUGGGGCCUCCUGAGGGAGAAUUUACUUAGAGAUGAGUCUAAGAGAGGGAGCAGGGCUCAGAGGCAGAAGACUUCAGGUUACUUUGGGGACAGGAACAUCAGGGAGUUCAGUUCAAGGA